GGGCGGUGAUUGGCUGGGUCUGUCCCUGUCUGUGUGUGGCGGGGUAGGAGGUGGCUCGAGGCGAGCCUGACAUCGUUGGAGACGCCAUGGACUUCAACGUGAAGAAACUGGCGGCUGGAGCCGGCACUUUCCUUAGCCGCGCCGUUCAGUUUACAGAGGAGAAGCUGGGCCAAGCUGAGAAGACAGAGUUGGAUGCCCACCUAGAGAAUCUACUGAGCAAAGCAGAAAGCACAAAACUAUGGACUGAGAAGAUAAUGAAACAGACGGAGGUGUUGUUACAACCUAAUCCAAAUGCAAGAAUAGAAGAAUUUGUAUAUGAGAAACUGGAUCGAAAAGCACCACCUCGUCUAAAUAACUGUGAACAAUUGGGGCAGUAUAUGAUUGAGGCUGGAAAUGAAUUUGGUCCUGGCACUGCAUAUGGCAGUGCUCUUAUCAAAUGUGGAGAAACCGAAAACCGAAUUGGUACUGCAGAAAAGGAGUUAAUACAUUCCUCAGAAGUUAACUUUUUGGCCCCCCUCAGGAACUUCCUGGAAGGAGACUACAGAACAAUAUCUAAGGAACGUAAACUGUUGCAGAAUAAAAGACUGGAUUUAGAUGCAGCAAAAGCAAGACUGAAGAAGGCAAAAGUCUCAGAAGCCCGGUCAGCACAACUAAACGCUUCUGAAGCUGAAGGAGACAACUUUAUGGUAAAUUUCUCUUACAUGCUCAACUUGCUGCAUGUAACAUGGCUGAAGGCUGAGCAGGAAAUGCGGAUUACACAAAGUGAAUUUGACCGCCAAGCAGAGAUCACAAGACUUUUGCUUGAAGGAAUUAGCAGCACUCAUGCUCAUCACCUUCGUUGUCUGCAUGACUACGUUGAUGCCCAAUUGACCUACUAUGCUCAGUGUUACCAGUAUAUGGUUGACUUACAGAAGCAGCUUGGAAGUUUUCCAACCACGUUUUCUUCCAACAACAAUCAGACAGCUUCGGCUUCCCUUUCACCAAGUGUUGUGCCAAGUUCUGCAUCUUCCGUCCCACUAUGCAUACCGAACUGUCCAGUACCUGGUAGUAAUGAUUAUAAAGUGCCACCCAGUGGCACCAGAAGGGCACGGGUGCUCUACGAUUACGAUGCUGCAGACAGUAAUGAGUUGUCACUUCUGGCUGAUGAGGUAAUAACAGUUUAUAGUCUGCCAGGAAUGGACUCUGAUUGGUUAAUGGGUGAAAGAGGAAAUCAGAAAGGAAAAGUCCCCAUUACGUAUUUGGAGCUGCUAAAUUGAGUAUGUGACAACCUGAGCCUUUGAUUCUGGUUGUAAUUGCAAUAUAUUUAAUUACAGCUAACUUUGUAUAAAGCAGUUUAUGAAAUGUCUUCCAUGCAACGUGCCUCUGAAAUGUUAGGGAUCAAUUGAAUUCUGUGAAUGGCAAAAGUUGCAUGUUGCACUCGGCAGCACUCAUUAAAGCAAGUAUAUAAACCCUUGCUUUUGAAAACUUUGAAUAUUUUUGUGCCAUGGAUAUUAUUUGCUCAACAAUAACAGCUUCAUUUUCUAUUUAAUAUUUCAUUAAAAUAACUUUUCGUACUUUAGUGGUUUAAAAUGCAUUUCUUAAUUAAACCAACUUGAAUACAAUGUCCCAGUAUUUCUAAAAUUUUAUUAUCAGAAACACGGAAUUUAGCUUAUAAAUUACAUGCGCUGGUCUAAAUGUUAAAAUUAAUGUACAGCAUUGCCAAAAUAAAAUAAAUUGUGAAAAAUCUUG